AUGGAGAAAAUGUUCCGCAUUUCAGAUCACGAGGACUUCCUCGCCCGCCGCUGCGUGUGGGUGAACGGCCCGGUGAUUGUCGGCGCCGGGCCGUCGGGGCUGGCCGUCGCCGCCGGCCUGAGAGAGCAGGGUGUGCCCUACGUUGUCCUCGAAAGAGCCGACUGCAUAGCUUCUCUCUGGCAAAAACGCACCUACGACCGCCUCAAACUUCACCUACCCAAGCAAUUCUGCCAACUUCCCAAGCUCCCAUUCCCUGAAAAUUUCCCCGAGUACCCAACCAAGAAACAGUUCAUCGACUAUCUCGAAUCUUACGCGAAGCAUUUCGAAAUCAAUCCGCAGUUCAAUGAGUGCGUGCAGUCGGCGAAGUACGACGAGACUUGUGGGCUUUGGCGGGUUCGAACCACCGUCGGUUCUAGCCGGUCGGAGAUCGAGUAUAUUUGCCAAUGGCUGGUAGUGGCUACAGGGGAAAAUGCAGAGUGCGCGAUUCCGGAGAUUGAAGGAUUGGGGGAAUUCGAUGGGGAAGUAAUCCACGCUUGUGACUACAAAUGUGGGGAGAAAUUCCAAGGAAAAAGAGUUUUAGUCGUUGGCUGUGGGAAUUCGGGAAUGGAGGUCUCCCUUGAUCUCUGCAAUCACAAUGCCAUGCCAUCCAUGGUGGUUCGAAGCUCGGUUCAUGUGCUGCCGAGGGAAGUUUUGGGGAAAUCCACGUUCGAAUUGGCUGUUCUGAUGAUGAAAUGGUUGCCCCUUUGGCUGGUGGAUAAGCUGGUGUUGAUUCUGGCAUGGUUGGUGCUAGGAAAUGUGGAGAAGUACGGGCUGAAAAGGCCGUCAAUUGGACCAUUGGAGCUGAAGAAUAUAAGAGGAAAUACCCCUGUUUUGGACAUUGGCGCGCUGGAGAAGAUCAAGUCUGGUGGCAUUAAGGUGGUUCCCGGAAUCAAGAAGUUCUCGAAAAAUAAUGUGGAGCUUGUUAGCGGCGAAAAGCUCCACAUCCAUUCAGUUGUUCUGGCCACUGGGUAUAAGAGCAAUGUGCCUUCUUGGCUUAAGGAAGAUGAAUUGUUCUCAAAGAAUGGGCUCCCAAAGGCGCCAUUUCCAAAUGGGUGGAAGGGAAAGGCAGGGCUGUAUGCAGUUGGGUUCACAAGGAGAGGGCUGUCCGGUGCAUCCUCAGAUGCCAUUAAAACGGCUCAAGACAUUGGCAGGGUCUGGAAAGAGGAAACUAAGCAGAAAAAGCAAAGGGUUGCUUGCCAUAGAAGAUGCAUUUCUCAGUUCUAG